GGAACUACAACUCCAACGACUCCGAUGACGUCACACGGUGAUUUCCCGCAGUAACCUUUUCCUGCCUGUUGGUGCGUCUCGAGAGAGAGGUGAAGAAGAGUUUACUUUACAGAGUUCAGGGCUGCGGCGUUCGUGUGGAGUUUAGGGUUUUGUCGAGGCAGAAAGCCCAUUUCACGGAGCCAAGAUGCUGAACAUGUGGAAGGUCAGGGAGUUGGUUGACAAAGCAACCAACGUGGUGAUGAACUACUCCGAGGUGGAGUCCAAAGUCAGAGAGGCCACCAAUGAUGACCCAUGGGGACCGUCGGGACAGCUGAUGAGUGAAAUCUCCAGAGCCACCUUCAUGUAUGAGCAGUUCCCAGAGGUGAUGAAUAUGCUGUGGACCCGCAUGCUGAGGGAUAACAAGAAGAACUGGCGGAGAGUCUACAAGUCCCUGCUGCUGCUGGCUCAUCUCAUCAGGAAUGGAUCCGAGAGGGUUGUUACCAGCACCAGAGAACACCUGUAUGACCUUAGAUCGUUAGAAAGCUACCACUUUGUAGACGAGAAUGGGAAGGACCAAGGUGUGAAUGUCCGUCAGAAGGUAAAGGAGAUGGUGGAUUUUGCCCAGGAUGACGAUCGGCUAAGAGAAGAACGGAAAAAGUCAAAGAAGAACAGGGACAAAUACAUCGGGGUGUCCUCAGACAGCAUGGGAUACCGAUACUCGGGGGACAAGUACGACUCCAAUGACAGCCGGGGAAAGUGGGACGACGACUGGGAGAGGAAUAAAGGACAGUUCCCCUUCAGCGAGAAACUGGGGGAGAUCAGCGACAAAAUUGGCAGCACCAUCGACGACACCAUAAGCAGAUUUAGGAAGAAGGAAAGAGACGACUCGCCGGAUCGAAUUAGUGACAACGAGGAGGACCGGGGCCGCUCGUCUCACAAUGGCCAGUCGGGAAAAGACUUCAAAGACGAAGAGGAAACCGUUACCACCAAGAGCGUACACAUAGUCCAAGCAACAGAGACUACAGCCACGCGGAAGAGAGGGGUCCCGUCUAAGGUUGUGGACCUGGGAGCCGCAGCCCACUACGUGGGAGAUAAGAGCCCGAGUACCACCGCCAAACAGCCAGAUGCCCCCCAGCCCUCCAGCACCGCCCUCGCCGACCUAUUUAUGGUGGACUCCACCCCGAGCCAGCCGGCUCCCACAGACCUGAUCAGUGGAUUUGCUAACUUCUCCUCACCUGCUGCCGUCGGCCUCUCCUCAGUAUCGGCAGCACCUUCCUCCGGCAGCAACGGAGAGUUUGGAGACUGGAACGCCUUCCCCGGAGGUCAGAUACCCGCCUCCGCUCAGACUGUUGACACCGGUGGAAAUGACCUUUUCGGAGCUAUGGCGGCUCCGGCCGCCGCCGCCGCCGCCGCCCCCGCUUCAGGCUCUGGUCCGGCUUCAGCAGACCUGUUUGACCUGAUGGGGCCGACCCAGUCCUUCAACUCCUCCCAGAGCCUCAACUUUAGCAUGAGCAGCACACAGAGCAUGAGCGCCACAGUCCUGCCCCAGUCGAGGUCCCAGCCGCUACCAGACAUGGGGGGUCCUCUCCAACCACAGUCUCUCCUGCCUAUGCAGCAGGGAAUGGCCUCUCAGGGGGCCGGAGCCAAAGCAGCUCUCCCUGCCACCUGGUCCGACCCCUCGGUUAACAUCAACCUGGACUUUCUGGGCCCUGGCGCGCACCCACCCAAGCAAAGCCAGCCCACCCUCAACACCCUCCAACACGGAAAUCAGACACCGACCAGCAUGCUCUGCCCAGGGUUUUCCGCCAUGAGCAUUGGAACCACGACAGUCAGAGCGCCUGUAAAUCCCAUGAUGCACCCUGCUUCUGGCAUGGGGAUGGGCAUGGCCACCAACCAGGCCAUGAUGGGGAUGGGCAUGGCCACCAACCAGGCCAUGAUGGGGAUGGGCAUGAACAUGGGGAUGCCACAAGGAGGGAUGGCCAUGGGGAUGCCCAAUGCUGCGGGGAUGGGGAUGAACCCUGCAAUGGUCCAACAGCCCAGACACGACGCCUUCGCUGACUUCGGCAACUUUGGAAAGUGACAGAAUUGGAGAGAAAAGAUCCGGUGCGCGGUGUCUCCCCCCCCCCCCUUCCUCCCGUCCAAUGGUAAAGGAUUGUUAUGAGCUGAAAACAAAGAUUACUUGAAUAAUGUCAACUUUCAUAAUACCAAUACCAUGCAAUCUCCUUAUUUUUAUUUUUUUAUUUUUAGAAAUGCCGUGUUGUGAUAUGGAUCUAAAUGAAGCGUUUGUGUUGUGUUUGAACCAAUGAUCUGUCUGGUCUUGGAUGAGAGUCCCACACACACACACACACACACACUGUGUGCCUCGUUGGUUACUUAGGUCACUGAGAAGAAGGCAGAGUGCCAGAAUGUCAGGGGGAUUUGCUUUAUAACCUCAAUCAAGUAAAAUGACCAGAAUAGCAAAACAAAAUCAGUAGCUGCAUAAUUAUUUCUCUGUAACUUUGCAAAAUGUUGCGUUUUGAAUAACAUGAUCAGCCUUUUUAACUUUCUAAUGUACAUUUAAGAAUCUCGAGUUACCUCUUUUUAUGUCAUUGCUCUUCCUUUGACCUGUAUAUAGAAAUCUGGAGCCCUUUAAAAAGGAGUUAUGAAGAGAGGCAGUGGCGGUGUGAGGGGUUUGUGAUAUGAUUCCAGACCAUCACAAAGCACGUCGACACUCUUCUUUGUACAUAAGCGUCUACGGGCUCCACAUGUGGCCUGUCCGUAAUAAAGGAGCGUUUGGAGUGAAGGUUGACAAUUUAAUACGAGGAGUUUCUCCUUGAGCACGCCCUCAUUUGUGGCCUUUCUUGUUGCUCGCUCUCUCUCUCUAUAUAUAUAUAUAUCUAUACAUUUUACUUAUGAAGACUAUUAUAAUCCAAAUGAGAUAAUCAGUAGGUGGAGAAAGCCUCAUACAGGGGUUGAGGGUUCUUAAUUUGAGAUCAGAGUGCCUGAAAGACAUUGGCUGGUUUUUCUUCAGUUAACCUCCUUCCAAGUGGGACAGUGUUAAGGCUCGCAAGCAGACCGCAGCUUCUGUACCGUGUACAAAAGCCUCACGCGUCCCCGUUUGCACAAAUGCAAUCGUACCAUUAUUUUGCUCAUCGUUUCGUUUGUCCCAAGCACACUUCAGUGGUCCCGCUUCAUUCGGGUCGGCGAUAACGCCAAGGAAAGUUGGAGAUGCACGAGGCUCAACUUCAAAUCAGCGCCUUUUUAGCAGUCAGGCACACGCAGGAUGUUGAGCGAUCCUGUUCGUCCGCGCACUCACCGCGCUGCUCCUCAGCGGUUCAAGUGCCUGCCGGUGGUUUUCCUCCUGACCCUUGUAAUGAGUGAUGAAUAAAUUCUGGCUGCCUAAACCUUUUUUUAGUACGUCAACGAUUAGAUGAAUAAUUCACUGACCAGAGGAGGAGGCGGUGGAUCCUGCAGCCCCGAGAGCAUUGACACUCUUGAAGCUUUUGCCCCCCUCUCUCCCUCCCAGGGGCUCCAGAGGCUGAGCUCACUAACACAUCGUAGCCUUGCGUCGGAGUCUGAAGCAUUAAAAAUGACCAAAAUCUGUUUGCUGUUUUUUCUAAAAAAAAUAUAUAUAUAUAUCAGUAGAGGUUGUUUUAUUCUUUUUGUACUUCAAAUUGACUUGAUCUUCUCUAAAAAUGGGAUUGUUACUGAAACACUAGCGUAUGCAAAUGUUAAGAGAAUCCCUUUUGAGAAAAAUGAAAUGUUUGCAUUGUUCCCAUUUCGAUUUGAUUUACACAUUGAUUCUUUAUCUACAACAUUAAACCGUUGAUUGAGA